AUGUCCUACCGCGAUUUAAGAAGCUUCACAGAAAUCAUGAGAGCCAUAGGUUACAAAAGAUUAAUUUCACUUGAAAAUUUUAAAAAGCCAAACUUCCCACUACUUUAUGAGAUUUUGAAAUGGCUGCUGUCUUACUUCGAGCCGAACGUUUUUUUACCGAAUGAAGAUAUCCAGUCGUGUUAUGAAAGAGUUAAAUUCGUAAACUUCGUGUCGGAGUUCAUGCUAACUAAAGCAAACAUAAAAAUUAAUCCCAAAAAACUCUACGAGGCGAAUGGCUAUGCAGUCAAGGAAUUGUUGAAAAUCGUGCAAGUGCUUCAUAAUGAGGUCAAAUUAAAUGAGGCCAGCUUUCUCUUGACACCUGAUGACAUCAUCACCAUCAUCAUUGCAGAGGAUGAGUUUGUUGGUGAGGAGAGUGGUGAUGAUUAUAGUAUAAGAAAUCACGUUAUCAGUAGUAAAUGUAGAGAUAGCCACAGUGAUAAUACUGAUAACAAUGAUGACGAUGAGGAUGAUAGGACUUACACUCUGCUGACCAACUUGGCUUCAAGGACGGAUGAGUUGAGAGAGGCAAGAGUAUUGGUGAAAGAGAUAACAGAGAUGGCUGCCAACCUGUACUUCAAACUUGCCAAGGAAGUUGAUCUCAGUGAAGCCAGGUUUCAUGCACUCACCAGACAUUAUGACCUCGACAGCAUCGAACAUUUGAUUGGAGAACAAAUCAAGUUAACUAUGAAAGAAACACUGGAUACUGAGAAGCUUCUGGGACGUCAGAAGGCAGACAAGUUGAGGCUGAAUGAGAAGUUCGAGAGAAAGGCAGUGGAGAUGGAUAGGUGCCUCAAAAGAUACGACACUCUCAUCAGCAUCAGGCCCGUGUACCUGAAAGAAUUUGAGUCACUUGAAGUUGAAUUUGAGGAUCUGUUCAGAGCCUAUGUGGAUAAGCACAAAAAUGUGGCGUUCCUUGAAAAUUUAAACAAUCGAUAUGAGAUGGUUGAACAACAUUGCAAGCAGAUAGCGACAAACAUGGCAAAAGAGAGCAUGGAGAGAGCAAGGAACAACACAGCGCCGUCCACAACUAAAAAUAAAUUGUUCUCAAACUCGCUGGAACCUCCGAACAGCAAAUCACGCGGGAAACGUCGCGCGGUUGAUGUGCCAGCCCUAGCGACAGCGGCGACAACAACGUUAGCUGCAGCAAACCAGCCACAACAUAAACAAAGCAGCGACAACUGUAGUUCAAAUAGUGGCUUCUUCGCAAUUUGGAACGAUGAGGAAGAUGAAAAUGAAGAUGGAGAUGAAGAUGGAUCAUUGGAUGAUGAAGAUGGAGGUUGUGACGAGGAGUUUGAUGAUGACGAAGGAGAUGAAAAAUGUAACAUCAACAACAACAGAAUUGCCGCUGAAAGAAUAAUUAAAAACGACGACGAAGAUGACGGUGCUUAUUACGGUUUUGAGUUCGGAAGGAAUGCUGCGAUAUUGAUGAUGACAAACAAGUUUGGCGAAUGUAGUGGUUUGAACAACCUGCCGUACGUCAACAAACUUCAACGUGGAAGGCCCAAGAAGAUGAACGAGUUCGAUUUGUUUGGAGGGAGUGUUUUAGGCACGCCAGCACAUUCUUACCACUUCUUCAAGAACAAGAGAUUCGCGGGCGGUACAUCCUCGAUGGUUCCAGACGAUUACGAUGAUGCCGAUGACGACGAUGAUGAUAACUUUGAAUAAUGGCGAACAUUUAUUUAGUCGACUUUUAUCGACAAUACUUGCUUCUCCUGAAGAUUUUUUCAUUAUAGAUUUUCAUUUGCGUUAUAAACAAUUAAAAUGUAUAAUUUUUCAAUUAAUCAAAAAAUUAUUUUUGCCUUAU